CGUGUCAUCGUCCUAAGUAAUCCAAGGAUUUGAGAAUAUGUCUGUGAUUCAUUCCGCUGAGGAUUUUUCGUUUGACAUCAAAAUGGUAGAGAUUUUGUGGAGUUUUGGAUACUAAUCUGAUUAAUUUGUACAUAUCUCCUUCGUAAAUGUUAUCUUUUUAACUCAGUUUAGUUGGUUUGUGUGUCGAAUUAUAUUUUGAGUUUAAUUCAUUCAGUGCCUAUCAUUUUUCUAGAAAACAUGUCUGACGACGAAAAGCCCCCUGCACCUCCUGUUCGAUUAACUUCAAACAGGGGUACUGACUUUGUAAAUACAAUAUCAGUGGAUAGACCUCUUCCUAAAGAACCAGAAGAGGCAGAUCGAAAGAAAAAGACAAUUAAAGCAAAAAAGGCAUCGACGUUAUUAAAAUACUCUUCAGAUAAGCCCAAUAUAUCUUAUCCAACAAAUUUCGAACAUACUGUUCAUGUUGGUUUUGAUCCAGUGUCGGGAGAAUUUACUGGAAUGCCGGAAGCAUGGUCGCGUUUGUUGUUAAAUUCCAAUAUCAGCAAACAAGAACAGAAAAAUAAUCCCCAAGCAGUGUUGGAUGUUCUCAAUUGGUAUGAUAACAGUUCUAAGGAGCCACCAAAUACCAAAUAUAUGACCAAAGCAACACCAACUACCCAUUCUGGUUCGUCUUUAAGUCAUGUAUCAAGUUCCAGUCCAAGUAGUACAACUCCAACUGAUAUUGAAGGCGGUCCACAGUCGUACCAUAGCCCCGCGCACGCUCCUAGUUCGGAAAUUGAAGAUGAAGCACCACCACCUCCUAUUGCGAGUAGACCUGAACGCACUAAGAGCAUUUAUACAAAACCAAUUGAAGAAGAUAAACCGGCAAAUGUUAACUCGACUUCACCUUCGCCAUACAGUCCUUCCCACACAAAUACCUCGGCUACACCGUCUACAACAGCGAAUUCAAACAGCGCGGGAAGCGGAGCAACGGUAUUGGAUAAAAAUAAAAAUCCAGCUGGACCUGAAAUGUCUAGGGCUGCUUCGGAAAAGAGGAAGAAAAAAAUGAGCGAUGAGGAAAUUUUAGAGAAAUUAAGAAGUAUUGUGUCAGUAGGAGAUCCAAACAGAAAAUAUACCAAACUGGAUAAAAUUGGCCAGGGAGCUUCUGGUACAGUUUAUACAGCCAUAGAGACAAGUACCGGUAUGGAGGUUGCUAUUAAACAGAUGAACUUAUCCCAACAACCUAAAAAAGAACUGAUCAUAAACGAAAUUCUAGUCAUGCGAGAAAAUAAGCACAGUAAUGUUGUGAACUAUUUAGAUAGUUAUUUAGUUAAUGAGGAACUAUGGGUUGUGAUGGAAUAUCUUCCUGGUGGUUCUUUAACAGACGUAGUGACAGAGACCUGUAUGGAUGAAGGGCAAAUUGCAGCCGUUUGCCGGGAAGUUUUACAAGCUCUAGACUUUUUACACUCCAACCAAGUCAUCCAUAGAGAUAUAAAGUCUGACAAUAUUUUACUUGGAUUAGAUGGUUCAGUUAAAUUAACUGAUUUUGGAUUUUGUGCUCAAAUUAGUCCAGAACAGUCAAAGAGAACUACUAUGGUUGGUACUCCAUAUUGGAUGGCACCAGAGGUAGUUACAAGGAAGCAGUAUGGGCCUAAGGUUGACGUUUGGUCAUUAGGUAUUAUGGCUAUAGAGAUGAUUGAAGGUGAACCGCCAUAUCUAAAUGAAAACCCUCUUAGAGCAUUAUAUCUAAUUGCGACAAACGGAAAACCGGAUAUAAAGGAAAAAGAAAAAUUGUCCGCCGUGUUUCAGGAUUUUUUAGACCAAUGUUUAGCAGUUGAAGUUGACAAAAGAGCUUCGGCACGAGACCUUUUAAAACACCAAUUUUUGAAACUAGCGCGACCGCUGGCGAGUUUAACUCCCCUAAUUCUAGCAGCUAAAGACGCCGCCAAACAGCACUAGCGUUAAAUUUAUCAGCUCCAAUAGGGCUGAUCGUGUUCGUGUUGUUAUAGUAUACAGAGACUAUAAAUCCUAUUUUACUAGGAGGGUAUGUUUAUGACAUUACUGUGGAUACAAUACUGUGCUUGUUUUGAAGAAAGUAACAAAGGCAGUAUGUUUAUUAAGUUUUAAUAAACAUACAUAAGUAUAAAAUUUCAAUUCCUGUAAAAAUAUUUGAAUAACACAUCAAAUGCAAAGAAAAUGAGAAACUGAAGUUUUUAAAAAAUUAUUAGGGUUUUUUUUUCUUAGAUUUACUAUCAAUGUUUAAUUUUUCAAAAAAUUACCGAAAAAUUAGAUUUUCCACGAUGCUUGUAAAUUUUUGAAAAUUGACACAAUUGAUUUUACAUCUAAAAAUCGAAUUCUGUAGUAAUUUUUUUCUUUGAUAUUCUUUAACACCUAACCCCACUUUUAUACAUGUAAAAGACAAUUUUGUGUUUUGAAGCCAUUUAAGUUAAAAUAUUAAAUAUAUCACAAAUUAUUUUUAAAGUCAUUGGGAAUCCUGAAUUGAUUUCACAUAUAACAAUUUUUUAUGUUUCCUAUUUGUUGGUAUUCUUUUAGGUAUAUAUUAUGUUCUUAACCAGAUUGUAUUAAUUAAAUUAAAAAAGUUGUUUUUUAUUAAAAAAUAGUAAAAAAAUACUUGAUUUUCUCAUUUUUUUUUAAAUUUUGAUUAGAGUUUAAGCGUCAAUAGCAAUUAGUAUUACAAUUUUUUAAAUUAUUUAUACAUCACAAUAACAAUUAUAUUUUACAAUAAAAGACGACAUUAGAUCCGGAAUAUGGUUAAUGAAGACAUUUAUUUCUAUUCAUUUCAUAUAUUAUAAUGUUAUAAAGUUUAAAGUGGAUUUAUAAACUCGGCAGUUGAAGUCCAUUUCAUUCAGUUGAGGUAGCAAAUGUUCAACACUAUAAAAUGAACGCAUUUAUAAAGCCAGUUCAUCGAAAAGUUGGCCGAUCGUUUUGUUCACGAACUUCAGAGAUGGGAUAUGUUCAGGAUAUGAUUUAAAUCAACGGAGUAUCAUAUCAACGGAUAUCGGUAUAAAUAAAAACGGAUAUCAUGGAUUUAAAUAAAAAAAAUCAAAUUCUUUUAAAACUUAUGAUAAACUUAGGAAAAACAACUGUAAAAGUUAUAAAACGUUUUCCUGUAAAGUUAUAAAAAAGUAUUCCUAUAACAAAUAUACCUUAUAUCUAUUCAUCAAAUACAAAGUUACACUUGCUGUUGUAACGUUUAAAUAAUUUAAUAAAUCGAAACAUAAUUGUAAAGGAUGUAACAUAUAAUACAUAUAUCUACUUAUUAUCUAUUCAUAUAUUAAAAUGUUGGACCGAUUUUUGAAGUUAUUUCGUCUGAAUCAGCAAUCGGCAGAGAUUUAUUUUGAAAUUGUGAAGUGCCAGAAAUCCUUUAUUUAUCUUCUAUUAUUAUCUUCUAGUUCAUUCCAAACUUUUACCUACAUUUUGUUCUGCAAUAGGUACUUUGCACUUUGAACAUUAGAUGGUACUAAUUUUAUACUCGACUUAAGACAGCCAUGGCUAUUUCCAAAAAAAUCUUUUUGAUCUAAGCAGGCGAUUUUUUUUGCGGAAAUAGGGGCAUAAGCAAAGUUUACAGAAUAAAAUAUAUCGGUGGCCGAUUUGGAAAAACGAAAUAGUAAAAAAAACGCGUUGUAGAAAUGUUAAUAUUAUCGAAUCGGACAGAGUUACGAAGAUUUACCCAUUUAGGAUAGGACUUUAAAUAGAAAAUUGAUUAAAAAAUAAAAAAAAUCCGGCAGCCGAUAUUGUUGUUUCAUUAUUUCUGUUUAUAUUUUGCGCAAUCUUGGAUUAUUAUGUUUGAACUUCGAAAAAUAUCAAAACUAUUUUUAAAUUGAAAGAAAAACUGAAGAGAUUGAAGCUCCGAACAUAGAAUUGAACAUCAACUGGGCUUCAACACCCGAGUUUAUAAAUCCAGCUUAAAGCUCUUCUACAUACAUACAAACCUGAAACUUUUUUUGCAAUAUCUGGAACCAGCAAGUCUACAACUUUUUGUAUUUAUUAUUUGUCUUUAAACAAUGUGUAUGCCUUUCGGGCGAGUUUAUUACUGGAAAAUAUCGUUAUUUCGUAAGUCAUUCUUUUUUCUUUAUCUUACACAUUAAAAUACAGACAAUAGAUUUAGAAGAACCAUGCCUGUAUAUGAUUUAAGGUUAAAAUAUUCCGUGUGACGUCAUUAUCUUUUUAGUUGAAUGCAACUGUACAUGUAUUUACUUUCCGUAAUAUCUGUAAUAUCAAUAUGGGAAUAGCUUGUGACUAAAAAAAUUUCGAAUUUUUAUUGUCUUUAUUUUUUUUGUUUCGGUCAGAUAUGUAUUAUUGACCGUUUUCAACUGGAAACUGUGUUUGUAAACUCCAAACCGCCAUUCUAGUAAAAUAGGUAAGAUUUUCUAAUGGAGGUAAGCAUUUAUUAGAAAGCUGUUUGUAUAAAUGACAUGAGACUGUGCCUAAUUUCACAAUAAUACGCGCGCGUUCAAAGAUUGUAUGUAGAAACCUUUAUAUUAAACAAGAGAAAUGGUAAUUAAAAAUAAUAUUCAUAUAAAUAUAAUGACAAAUACAUCUAAACAACUAUUAUACUUGCGCUAUAAAGUUACUUUAUGUUGAUGUAAAAUUAAAGACGAUUAUUAUGUUUUAUGAAAUCCAUAUUUAAAGUAUCUUAUUUAAAAAAAAAUAAAAUACUAUUUUCUCUGCCUUAUUACUUCUUUAUAGUAGGAUUAACCGUUGGUCUCAAUAUCAAGAUGAUAUGACUCAAAAAAAUUCAACAAAAUCUUCUCUUAAUUGUUGCGUUUUACGUCAACCAUAUACAGAGUUAUUACUAUGUAAAUCACAGACGAUUGUGAAUCUUCGUUGAAACUAUGGAGGAUUGAGGUAAGGAGAAUCAUCUUCGUGUAUUGAAAAAUGGUCAUUAAAAAGGGAACAAUUAAGAUGGCGCAGUUAUAGCAAAAGUUCUACAUUUGAAAGAAGCCUCAAAAAUGUUUAGAACAGGAAAUAAUUAAAAAGAGAUAGAUAAAUAUCCGAUUUUUGAAGGCGCGUGGUUGCCAACCUUCACUCUAUAACCGCUAAGUUCAGUUCGAUCCUUUAUUGCUUACUAGCGCCACUGCGGUCAUUUAGUGAACUCUUACUUUCCUCUUUUAGGUAGUCAUUUUGUUUUCAAAAAAAGAGAUGAUUCUCCUUACCUCUACCCUUCAUAGUUCAAACUAGAAUAGAAAAACCCAGAAAUCUUUUUUGAAGAUAUAAUAAAUAGGUUCCUUUAUAUUUUACUUUUUAUAUUUUUAUUUUGGGGAUAGCUGUUGGAUCCCAAAAAAAAUAUGAUGUAGCGUGCUUUCUGAUGAUCUAAAUAAUAAUAAAUCACAAAAAUAAUUCUUUUAGGAAAUUACAUGUGAAACUUUGAAAGCCAAAAUGUAUUUCAUCAUAAACUUAAUCAAAUACAUUUUGACUGAUCACACAGUACUUAAUGCCAAAAUCAUAAUAAUUAAGUUAACGUAUUUGUCAUAUUAUAUUUAUAUAUUUCUAUUACAGUCAAUGUGUAUACUAAGAAAAUGUUACCAGUGGUUUUAAUAUAGAUUUUACAAAACUUUACCAAAUUUUACAGUGUGACGAGGUAACAGAAAUAUUAGUAGACACUUUGUUGUAAAAAGAGCCUGAUGUAUAAUAAGUUGCUAUUCGUUUUUCGCGUUCAAGUGGUGGCGCUUGCUCUUAUAAAUAUUUUAAUAUAUUUUUCUUGUUAGCUCAAAAUUUAAUGUGAUGUGAUAAUUAUUAAAAAAGUAUAUAGUAUAAAGGUAUAAAAUUCAUCCUCUAUAGGUGAAAUCAGCUUGUUUAAAACACCACCAUAAAUUCAAUGGACAUUUUUGUCAGUAACUGUUCUGUGGUUUUAUCUGUUGAUAAGUCAAUAAUGGACUUAUAAUUUGUUGAAUUAAAAGGUACUAAAGUAUGUCACUAUAUUAGUGAUACAAUUUGUAUAAUAUAUAUGAAUAUUACUCUAUUAAUAACUGAAAGAAAUACUAAAACUUUUAAAUAUUUGAAUAAUUGGAUAAGUAUUAGCAGUGGAAUGAAAUAAAAAUACUUAUUUUUUUCUUGUACUUUUCCUAAAAAGCUCUUAAGAAUAAAAUGUAUAUAACUUACAUUUUUCGUUAAAACAAGUGUCACCAGUGCUUAUUUUUAGUAUGCUUAGUAAAAUUUACUUACAAGUUACUGAAGCUUGAGAUAUUGAAAAUAUUUUAGAAGUAAUAGAAAUAUUAUUGUCUACGUACAUUUAUUAACAUACAUAAAAUAGUAUCUUUGGUGUGUAAUUACUCUCAGACUUUUGUAACUUGGCAUAAUUCAUUUUAGUUCUGUAGUUCUUGUUUAGAAAUUCUAUUUAUUAAAAUCUUAUUUACAAAAUGUGGAAAAAUGGCAAGUUUUAAAAAUAUUAUAAAUAUGUAUUUAAAACUGAAUAUAAUUUAGUAAAUGAUACUAUUAAUUAAGUAUAAAACGUAUUUUUCAUUUACACAAUAUAUACCAGUGUAUUAUUACGAUUAAAAACUUCCCAGUGCCAUUUUUCAGACCACUGAUUUAGUGUUUAUGUUAUUCAAAAGGUAGUUUAGCAUUUUUGAACUGAUUAAUUAUUUGAUUUUUAUUGUAAAUAACUGUUGUGAGCUUUAUUAGAUGUAAAAAAGUAUUUUGUAUAUUUAUUAUUUUUUAUAUUUAGCCAUAUCAUAUAUGUUUCCUUUUAAUUAUAUAUUUUGUAACAAACAUUACAAUAUUGUAUACUUUAAAAAAAUGAAUAUGUCAAAGAUGUCUAUCUGUACGAAUGAAAGCGUUUACUUAAAUGACUAGUUAAUAGUAUUUUUGCACUAGUAUUUAUGACAAAUUGUGAUUGAGUAGACAUACUAUUGUUGCCAACAAAGAUAGUGUGUGGUAUUAAAUUCUUUUUUAAUAUUGAA